CAGUUCAGCGAGUCAACCAUGCGGCUGGAACAACUUCCUAUGUGGCUAAGAACCGUGGCCUGUGGGCUUCUGCUUCUCCUCUUCCAAGUCCAAGGCCAGGACUCAGCCAGCCCCAUCAGGACCACUCUCACAGGGCAGGUGCGGGGCAGCCUCGUCCACGUGAAGGGCACCGAUGUGGGGGUCCACACCUUCCUGGGAAUUCCCUUUGCCAAGCCACCUCUUGGACCGCUGCGGUUUGCGCCCCCUGAGCCUGCUGCACCAUGGAGUGGUGUGAGGGAUGGGACCUCCCACCCAGCCAUGUGUCUGCAAAAUUCUGACAAAAUGAAUACAGGUGCUGUAAAGCAGCUUAAGCUGACCCUGCCUCCUGUCUCCAUGUCUGAGGACUGCCUGUAUCUCAGCAUCUACUCACCUGCCUAUGCCCAGGAGGGCUCCAACCUGCCUGUGAUGGUGUGGAUCCACGGAGGUGCACUUGUUAUAGGCAUGGCCUCCAUGUUCAAUGGUUCCAUACUGGCAGCCACUGAGAAUGUGGUGGUGGUCACCAUCCAGUACCGCCUGGGUGUCCUGGGUUUCUUCAGCACUGGAGACCAACAUGCCACCGGCAACUGGGGCUACCUGGACCAAGUAGCCGCCCUACGCUGGGUCCAGCAAAAUAUCGACCAUUUUGGAGGCAACCCUGACCGUGUCACCAUUUUUGGCCAGUCUGCAGGUGGCACUAGUGUGUCCUCACAUGUUGUGUCCCCCAUGUCCCAAGGACUCUUCCAUGGUGCCAUCAUGGAGAGUGGGGUGGCUCUGCUGCCAGACCUCACCUCCAGCUCUUCUGAGAUGGUCUACACAAUGGUGGCCAAUCUGUCUGCUUGUGAGCAGGUGGACUCAGAGGCCCUGGUAGACUGCCUGAGGGGCAAGAGUGAAGAGGAGAUUCUGGCUAUUAACAAGCCCUUCAAGACCAUACCUGGACUGGUAGAUGGGGCCUUCCUACCCAGGCACCCCCAGGAGCUGUUGGCCUCUGCAGAUUUUCGACCUGUCCCCAGCAUCAUAGGUGUUAACAAUGAUGAGUAUGGCUUUGUCCUCCCCAUGUACAUGGGAUACAUUGAAACCAUAAAGAAAAUAAACAGAAGAACCUUGCCUGCUAUUAUGGAAAGCAUGACAGCAAACAUGGGGUUGCCUGCUGGUUGUGGUGACCUCUUGAUGGAAGAAUACAUGGGAGACACUGAGGACCCCCAAACUCUCCAAGCCCAGUUCCAGGAGAUGAUGGGGGACUUCAUGUUCAUGAUACCUGCGCUCCAAGUAGCACAUUUUCAGCGUUCCCAUGCCCCUGUCUACUUCUAUGAGUUCCAGCAUCAGCCCAGCCUUUUCAAGGACAUCAGGCCACCCCAUGUGAAGGCUGACCAUGGCAAUGAGGCUUCUUUUGUCUUUGGAUACUUCUUGAACAGCAAAAUUGACUUCACUGAAGAGGAGAAUCUGCUAAGCAGGAGGAUCAUGAAGUACUGGGCCAACUUUGCUCGGAAUGGGAACCCCAACAGUGAGGACCUGCCCCACUGGCCCGUGCUCGACCAGGAUGAGCAGUACCUGCAGCUGGACAUCCAGCCCGCUGUGGGCCGGGCCCUGAAGGCCUCCAGGCUGGAGUUCUGGACCAAAACCCUGGCCCAGAAGAUCCAGGAGCUCACAGAGGCUGAGAUGCAUACAGAGCUGUAG